ACAGUGUUUUGCUUUUUGCUUUUCUUAUCUCUGAAAGUUUGAACGAGGUCGACUGAACUUUUAAACUUUCGUCGGUUUCGUCUGUUGUAAGGCUCUAGUCUUUUGCGGUGAUAAGCUUUUUAAAUUCUGUUGGCGCGUGAUGCUUUUUUAAAUACAUCCAAGUCCCUGUUGGUGUUCUUGGUAUAUAAAUGGAAGAAGAGCCGGUUCAAAAGCCUCGUCAAGCAAGAGGUACCCCAGCUUAUAAAUUUUCGUACAAAUUUGCCAUCUGUUUUGUCGGUGCUUGCGCCGCUGUGCAGCUUCUUUUUGCGCAAAUUAGUAAAGAACGAUUCUACAGAAAAAUCGCAGCUGGUUACUACAACGCAUCGGAAUUUGCUAAAAAUCGAAGAACGUUGAUGAGUAACUUCAGUCCGAUACCUAAUAUUCGAGAUGGUCCCGUGAGGGAAUUCGAACGCCGUACCGAAAGUCUGGAUUACGCAGCAGAAAAUACGCUGGAUAUCGAUCUGAAAUAACUUCGUAUCAACUUUUCAUAGUAUCAAAAUAGUGAUCAGUGAUAAUGGCGUUUUUAUUGUUAAGAACUUAAUUUGUUUUGGUAUAGUGAGAACAGCUGUACUUGUAUAUCAGCUUUAUUAAUUUUACGCCGAAAUAUGAACGCGAUUUCAAAAAGAAAUCUCAAGAGUAAAUCUAAGACUGAUUCUAAAACAGUUACUUUGAAAGAAAUGCUAUCGAAGAAAGAUCAAAAUACCGCUAGUACUUCGAACACGAGUGAAAAUCAGAAUGAAAGUUUCAUUGAUGUUUUCAAAUUCAACGCAGUUAAGGAUAAAAAACACCAAACACAAAGUCAGUUUAAAGAAGACAAAUCCAAAUCGGAUGAUGCGUUCGAUGAAUUAUUUUCGGAUUUCAAAAUUAAAACUGAAACUUCGAAAGAAGACAGUGCGUCGAAAUCAGACGACAGCGUUGACGAGCUAUUUUCCGAUUUUUCAAGAAAAGCUGCGACUUCCAGCGAUGAGAAUAAAUCCACUGUUGACUACGAAGAGAAAGAUUUUACUGAAAUUCUACGUGAUAAUCUUUCUACCAGAUGUCCCAUUUGUUUUCGAAAAAAUAGUUACGAUGGUGAAGCCGCGUACAUUGGUCAUUUGAAAAAAUGUGCUUAUACUAAUAAAAUGACCAUGGAACAACUUAAAAAAGCUCUAGAACUGCAGCAUAAACAAGCGUCGGAACGUGUAGCUUUAGGAUUACCGAUUGCACCUAAAGAGAGACCGCAAAGAAAAUAUCAAAAUAAGGGACCUAUGGAUUCCAACAUGCAGCUCGGAAUCGCCUUAUCGAAUUCGUUACGUGAGUUCGAUUAUAUGAAUGUAAUUCAAGAGAAAGAAGCCCUCGUUCAAGCUGGAAUUGAACCGGAAACACUUUCGCAGUACAGAAAUCUAGAAGAUUUUGGAUUUGCUUCUAAUAAACCGGCCGAAAAUACGAAUUUUAGAGGAUAUAAGCGGAAUAGAAAUCCUGCUCCUCGAAAUACGGUGCUUUUUACUCGAACUCAAGAAGAAAGGGAACGUAUAAUUACCGAAAAAGUUGCCAUCUUAUUGAUUGACGGAUGCACCGAAACAAUACCUAAUGAAACCAUCUCUGAACCAUUCAUUCUGAAAUCAAAUUAUUUAAAACAACAUCUCGACGAUGAAACGACCUUUUGGAAAAAGUCUCAUCAAAUGGAAGAAAAUAUUACAGACUUGUAUUAUGUUGAGACGUUGUCCAAUUUCAUCACCCCUUGUGAAGUCGACACCGGUGCGAAUUUGCGACAUGUCUCUCAAAUACCCUGCAGACCUCCUAGCCCACCCAAACCAACCAUCUUAAGAACCAUCGAGCCUGUGUCUUGGGUUCCUCCUUCUCCCGAAACACUAACCACGAUAAAAACCGUAACUAAAAAGUUGAAACGAACGCCCACUCCUGUGAUUAAAGAUUCCCAACUGCGUCAAGAUUGGAGAUACAUGUUGAACAAAGAUAUCCUCAGCGAUUUGACUAUCUACGUCAAAAACGAAGUACCUAUUUACGCUCAUAAAUUAGUCUUCUACGCCAGAUGUCGUUCUAUUCUGACUGAAACGAUCGAAGAAAUAGAGAAUAAUAAACGUAACGAAAUCUUGAUGUGGAUGGAGUACAGUUUCGAAGCUGUUAUGUCCUUAUUGGAGUAUAUUUAUGCCGGAAGUCUUCCCGAUUUAACCAAACUAGCUGAUCCUGACAAGAAAGAUCUUAGAGCUUUGAGUGAUAGAUACUCCUUUAAAGAUGUAAUCGAUGCGUUGAAUAGUUCGGAAGAAGCUCAAAUGUUUUCUUGUGACGAAGACGAGUCAUCUUCACCUUCAAAGAAUCAUAAAGUACCUGUAGUGGAGCUGACUAUGUUAUCAUAUAAAUCUGCAUCCCCAGUUAAGAACGAUUCUGCAACGCCUCAUAAAACGGAUCUCGUAGAAGAAUCUGAAAUUAUUUCAGAUGAUGAUUCGUCUCCUAAAAAUAUCGCUGCCGAAGUAACCGAAGGCGAGAAAAAUUUACAAAUAAUGUUAGAAUCAAUGAAAACGCAGAAUAUACGAUCACCGGAACUCUUCGAAGACGAUUCAGAUACGGCAGCAGAAGAAACGAGUGAAGCACGCAAGUCGCAGAGUCAAUUAUUUAUUGAGGAAGUUCUGUCUCGAUUAUGUAGUCCAGUUCGAUCACCUUCUUCACCCAAGAAACCAGAUACUAAUUUAAACGAAUCGAUAAUUUCUGAAGUCGAUCUAACCGAAGAAUUCAACAGUGAUAAGAAAAUCGUCGAGAAACGCAAAUCAUUCUCCCCUUUGGAAAAAAGUCGAGUGAAAAAAACCAAAACCUCUUCUGAGAAGAAAAAACGCAGAACACCCAGGAAGUUACCUCUCAGUCAAGUUUGCUCGUUAAGUGAUGCUUCGGAAAUUAGUGAUUCUGACGAGUCUCUUUAUAAAGCCAAGAAAGCCACCAGUGAUCACUCUAAUCACUCUGAUCUUAAUAAUAGCAUAUCGAGUAUCGAACACAAAGAUCCGCCGUCGUCGAAUUCACAAUCCACGCACAACAUCUCCGGUAUUGAUGAAAUACCUCGUAGAGAAUCCGAAUCCUCGACUACCAGCAAGGUAUCGCAUGUUUUAAACGAUGAACCUUGCCAAGAUAUAAAUCCUGUUUGGGAAGGCUUCGAAGAUUUCAACAGUAUGCCUUGUGAUUACGAUUAUUUUCCCGAACCGGUUCACAACUCUUCUCAUGUAUCUGGGCGUGGACUAGGACUCUCAUCGCCUCGUAAAUCAAAAUCACCUGCUAUAAAAUUCGCCACAGAUUCGCUUUUUGAUUCUCCUCUUGUGGCACUUUCGUCGCCUUGUCAAUCAAAAACCCCUGUGAGAAAAUCCAUCACAGAUUCCCUCUUUGGUUCUUCGUUCACCGUUUCGGAAGAUAUCUUGAGUAAGAUUGAAACUGCUGCUUUCGCUGUAGCUUCGCAAAAACCGCCGGCGAGUUCGACUCCCGAUAGCGUUAGAAAAUUUCAACGUCGAUCGAGAUCAGAAAAUUCGAUAACUCCUGCGAAUAAAUGUUCGUGGAAUAAUGUCACUCCUAUGGCAGAUUACAGCGCUAUGAAGAACGAAGAAUUAAAGAAAGAACUAGAGAAAUACGGUAUUAAACCCGGACUGAGUAGAAAUAAGGCUAAAAUGAUGUUGAAAUACAUAUAUGAAGAGUUACACCCGUUCGAAGAUAAAAUCGACGAAGUUCCUCAAAAAACUAACGAUCCGGCUACUCGCAAAGAUCCUGAAAAGAAUACCAAUCAUGAUGCCAAUUCGAAUGAUUCUAGUGAUACCGAUACUUCCGGUGUAAGUGUAUUGGAAGAAACAUACGUAGAAGAUACACCUGAAAUUUGUACACAAGAUCCAGGAAAUACCAAAACCAAAGUUGAUUUAAACACCGGAUUUACUAAUUUAUUACGCUGUGAUAAGUCAUUGCAACGUCAGAUCCUACUUUAUGAACCAAUUUGGCUAGAACCGUUGAAAUCUACUUUGAAAGAAUCCGGAGUCAAAUGUACCUUGAACGAAUUAAUGAAUUAUUUAGAUGAAAAGUGUAUAACGUUUCGUAGCCAACAACAAAGAGGUAGGCAGAAGAAAAAAAAGUCCACUGAAGACGAAAAAACUAAAAAGAAGAGAAAGAAUAAAGAUGCCAUCGAUUUUGCAGAUCUUUGAUAUAUUUGUAUAUUUGUUUUCUUGAACCAUUUUGUGAUUUUGUAUAUAGCGUUAUUUUUUGUAGGCUCGAUAUUUUGUGAAGUUUUUAUAUUUCGUUCGUUUUUUCAUUUGUAUACCUUUUUUUUCUUCAAAUUUGAGGUAUUAUCGUCGACCGACGGUCGACGGGUAUUAUUUAUUUUGUAUUUUUAGAAAUGUACCCGUAAAUACCAAGUUCUUUUAAUAAAAACUACCAUUAUGUUUUUUUCUCCAAA